AUGGCUACCACGCUCGAGACGCGUCUGUAUAACGCGAUCAAGGGGGACGCUCAACCAAAAAAGCUGGCUGCUGAAAAGGGAGACUACCGCUACCGUAAGCUUCUUCUUCUCUAUAAAUAUCGUAAUAUUCCAACAAAAACACAACUCGAAAAACAUUUGACAUUCUAUUACAAUCAUUAUCAGUCGUCGAAAGAAGAAGAAAAUGAAAUACUUCUCGAUUUUACUGUCAGCCGUCUUCUUCAUACUCGUAUUACUAAAUAUCCUACAGAACAAUUUCAUAUUCUUAUUACUGCUCUCCACGGUUAUGAUGAAGCCAAACUACGUGGACGGAAGUUGGGCGUCGGAUCCACACAGGACAUGUUUCUUCAACUACGUAUUUCUACCCUCUUUCGAUGGAUUGUCGAAAUGAGGACCAAUUUUCGAACGAUACCCGACAAUGAAAUACUCACAGUUGUUGAAAACGAACUUUUACACAAUUUAGAAACAUAUUAUUUUCUCUAUGAUAUUUUACGUAUUCCAGUGCGCAUAAAUGAGAAAAUGAUUCGACAGAGGUUUGUUGACAUUGAAUCGUCACAACCAUUACUAAUCAAAUUCUAUCGAUAUAUUGCAAAAAAUCUUAAAAGCAAGAUCGAACAGCUUCGACCAGAACAAGAAUAUACUAUUCCAACUGGGUGGAUGAGACAUGCCGUUUGUGUUUCUUUCCGACGCAUUAGUCAAACACACAUCAGUAUUCGUAUUGACAACCCUAGCGUUCAUAAUCCACCGAAUGUACACGAAACUGAUCGCUUCCACAGAAUUAAACCCAAAGUACUCGGUCAAUUGCAUGUGAACGAUUUAGAUAAUAAUUUGUCCUAUUUUAUUUUACUGAUCGAUAGUGUCAAACGAGACUUGACACCGGAUGAAGGUAUUUCAUUGAUAUAUGAUUAUAACAAACAAAUUCAACAUCUCGACAGAAGACAAAUAGAAAAUGUACCGCAUUUUGAUGAACAAGCAGCUGCCAAUUGUUUUGUCAAAUGUUUUGAACCUGGUUUUCGGAUACGCUUUGGUGCAACACGUCAGAAACUUUGCGAACGAUUAAUAUUACUCGAAAAAAACAAUGCUGUUCUACUUGUCAGACUUUGUGAGCAGGAACAUCAGUGUUUCGUGACCGACCGUUUCGCUCCAUUUACCAAAAUAGGCGACGUGAAUAGACUACCCAUUGUAGAGAAUGCUCGUCUUCAGGACCAGCUCAAAAGGAGUUAUCAACAACAUUAUCGAUAUCUUUCAAGUGUCAUGCCUAUAGAAAGUUUGAAUCUUAUGACGGAGAAAUUCGUCCCUUUACAAUUAGAAAAAGAAAAUACACUCAUUAAACUCAAACAUCUCUUCAUCGAACCUCGUGUCCUUGUUCUUGGCGAAGCCGGCUGCGGCAAGACCACACUCUGUCAAUAUGUAACACAUUCAUGGGCUCAGGGAACACUAUGGCGAAAUCAAUUCGAAUGGUUAUUCUAUAUUAACAUGCGAAAUUUAAAUUCAAAACUCUAUCCACAACGGUAUAAUAACUAUUCAUUGAUCGAUAUUAUCGAGCGAGAAUGUUUCCAAGGAUACACACUUGUCGAUUUAGACAAACUCAAAUUAGAGUAUCAGCUCGCACGUUCAUCAAAUAUCCUAUGGAUUCUCGAUGGAUGUGAUGAACGAACUAUUCCAGACUAUUUACAUUCGAUCGAACAACAAUUAUUAGCUAAACAGCAUCUUCUUCUAACAUCUCGACCAUAUGGAACAAAUGAUUUCCAGUACGAUGUUCGAGUUCAUGUUAAAGGUUUCACAAAUGAGGAUAUUGAAGAAUAUAUAUAUAAAUACUUUUCUACUCUCCUUCGUACGAGAGCUAGCGAAUGUUGGUCAUUUGUUCGUUAUUCUGAGCAACUGCGACAAACAGCACGUAUUCCUGCAUGUCUUGAACUCAUUUGUAGUUUGUGGGAUAGUGGAAAGUCAAAUUUAGACGUUGGUAUUAUGAUGGGAGAUCUUUAUGAGAAAAUGUGUGAAUAUCUCUUGCGACGAUAUCUUCUUAAAUUCCAUGGUCAAUGUACGUCCGCUCUAGCUGAAUCAGAUGUCUAUCAACAUCCGAAUGCAAUGGCGUUCACCUAUUUAGAAUAUCUCGCAUUCGAAGCAACAAAAUUACAUAGAUUUGCUGUCAGUGGACAUCAUAUUGCAAGUGUUACAGGUCCACUAUUUCUAUCGUUACUUCAAAUUGGUCUACUUAAACCAAAAACACGAGAUCCUCCUUCUCUACUCGUCGAAAAAGUCUACUAUUUUAUUCAUCGUAGUUUUCAAGAAUAUCUUUGUGCUCGUUAUAUGAUAAGAGCACUAACGUCAGCCUGUUCAAAGGAGCAAGAGAGAGAAGUAGUUAAGUUUAUUACCUACGAAAAAUAUAACCGUCGUGUGCGAGAUACAUUUCGUUUAUUCUUCGAGCUGCAUCGCUCUAGUUUGUGUACGGAUCGCUUUUGGUCAGCUGUCGAUAGUGAACCACGUGAUUUGGUCGGUCUUCGACAUUGUUCUUGCAUUAUUCAAUGGUUUCCUUAUGGAAGUUGUGUGUUUGCUUUCGAGGACGAGCAGAAAAUUAAUAAGAGAACCAUGGAUACUAUAGUCACAUGGAUUUCGAAGAAAGAUCGUCUACCACAUGAUUAUGGCAAUACAUAUCUAUUCGAAUGGUUUGUCGAUGUGAUUGAUGCUCAACACUGGUUGAGAGCAUGGAAAGAAGAUUUGCUCAUUGAAGAUUCAUCGAAACGGCGCUAUUUUCUGCCUGAUUUGUGGUCGGAGAAGAGUAUAGGUGUCAUGAAAGGAAUCUAUGACAAUAUUCUGAAAAAUUUGCAUGCUCUAUACCGCCUUAUCAAGAAGGGGCCUACUACGGUCGAUCUCAAAUGUUUACAUAUUGAUUCCGAUUUAUUCACUCUACAUACAGUCGAUGAUCAAAUCGAAACACCAGAAUUUUUGAAAGCAGCCCAGGAGAAAGCCAAACGACACGAACCGAUAACUACUCUACCAGAAUUUCAAGUACUUUUACAGAAUUAUUCGUCUUACGCCAAAUUGAAUUGUCGAGAGAGGACACUGGGCAUGGAAACGUGGAGCUUGAACAUUGCUCCAUCUGCACUGACAAACAUCAGCAAUGAAACGUUAGAGCUUCUUUCACGAUUAUCCCAACAAAAUACACUCUUCUUUCGGGACUUUCACCUGCCCGUGACUUCUUUUCUUGAACUCUAUUCGAAGCAAGGUGACUCAAAUAGUGACGUUCUUUGUUCACUCAUCGUUUCAAUUACUUUGUCAAGUAGUUGCCUUCUCACAGCACCACCUGAACAAAAGAAUUCGAUUCGAGUUCAUGAGAAUGAAACAUCUGUUGAUAUCGAAUUGGAUGAAAGACGACGGUCGACGCUGAUUUUUGCAUUCGAUCAAGUUCGUGACACUUAUGGAUAUUCUUCUUUUUUUGCAGAAGACAACUAG